AGCUACCAUGCUGAUCAAGGAGUACCGGAUCCCCAUGCCUAUGAGCGUGGAAGAGUACCGCAUCGCCCAGCUCUACAUGAUCCAGAAGAAGAGCCGAGAGGAGAGUUGUGGUGAGGGUAGUGGGGUGGAGAUCCUAGAGAACAAGCCGUAUGAGGAUGGUCCAGGCGGGUCGGGUCAGUACACACACAAGGUGUACCACAUCGGGAAACACAUCCCCUCAUGGUUCUGCUCCAUCCUGCCUCAGGCUGCUCUACGCGUGGAGGAGGAGUCCUGGAACGCCUACCCAUACACACGCACACGGUAUACCUGUCCAUUCGUAGAGAAGUUCUCCAUAGACAUUGAGACGUAUUAUAAACCUGACACAGGGACCCAAGAGUGCUUCAAUCUGUCAUCUGCAGACAAAAGAGCGAGGACUGUAGACCCCAUUGAUAUUGUGAAGGAUUACAUUGCGCCCCAUGAGUACCUGGUUGAGGAGGACCCUAAGCUGUAUGUAUCGGUGAAAACCCAGCGAGGACCACUGACUGACGACUGGAUCGAAAUGAUCAACCAGAACCCCACCCAGAACCCGGUCAUGUGUGCCUACAAGCUCUGCAAGGUGGAGUUCAGAUACUGGGGCAUGCAGUCCAAGAUAGAACGCUUCAUACACGAUGUUGGCCUGCGUAAGGUGAUGGUGCGUGCCCACCGGCAGGCGUGGUGCUGGCAGGAUGAAUGGUACGGUCUGACCAUAGAGGACAUCAGACAGUUGGAGCUGGAGACCCAGCUAGCCCUGGCCACGAAGAUGGCCCAGUACAGCCUCAGUGACAUCGAGGAGGGGGUAACAGAGUCCAACAGGACCCCCGUCACACCUGACCAGGACUUGGAGGGGGCCCUGCGGGACGGGGGCGAGGUGGAGGGAGGAGGGGCAGGGCUGGGAGAUGCGUUACAUACGCGUGGAGAGCUCACCAAGCAGUGGUCAACUUCGUCCAGGUCGUCUAAUAGAUCCUCGAAGAGAGGAGGAAGUCCUGUGAACCAGAACAUCUCAGAGUGGCGGAUGCAGAGUAUCGCUCGUGACUCAGAGGACAGCACUGACGACGAGUUCUUCGAUGCUCCCGAGGACUUCUCUGGAGAUGAGGAGAUGUCAUUACAUGCCAAGGAGAUGAACAAGUGGAGUUCCAACGACCUGAUGGACAAGAUAGAGACUACAGAGACAGACGAAGGCCAGGAGAGCCUGUAUCAGGAGUCGGGUGAAGACUAUAUAGUAACCAGUAGUGAGGAACGACUGAUUGAGGAUGGGUCGUCUCAGCAGUGUCUGACGCCCUCCAAGAUCCACGUUCUGGUUCUGGUUCUUCACGGGGGUAACAUAUUAGACACUGGAGCAGGUGAGCCAAGUAGUAAGCAGGCUGACGUCAACACUCUGAGUGGAGCAUUUGAGACUGUGAUGAGAGUGCAUUACCCAGCAGCCCUAGGACGCAUUGCCAUCCGCAUGGUUCCCUGCCCGGCGGUGUGUGCCGACGCCUAUUCACAGGUUUCCAAUCUCAGUCCCUAUAGUUUUGAUGAGGGCUGCCUUUCCAACAGUCAGGACCACAUCCCUCUGGCUGCACUGCCUCUAUUGGCCACUUCCGCUCCGCAGUACCAAGACGCCGUGGCAACCGUCAUCCAAAGAGCCAAUCAGGUGUAUGGAGACUUUAUCAGGUCCUUGGAAGGGGCAUCCUUCUCCGGACAGGUGUGUGUGAUCGGGGACUGUGUAGGUGGUAUCCUAGGGUUUGAUGCGCUGUGCAGCAGUAACGUCAUCGUUUCAGAAAGCCAGAACAGCAGUAGACGAGGCAGCACCGUCAGCGUACAGGACACAGACCUCCUCUCCCCUGGCAUCAUAAUAAACAGUGUCUCUCUGUCUUCUCCGUCUUCUCCGACUCUGGAGGGCAGUCGCCAUCUUAGUCGCAGUAACAUUGACAUCCCUCGCAGCUCAGGGCCUGACGACCCCAAGAGAAUGCUGCCUCGCAAACGCAGCGACUCCUCCACCUACGAACUAGACACCAUCAAACACCACCAGGCAUUCCUGUCCAGUCUCCAUAGCAGUGUAUUGAGAACAGACUCAGGUUCGAGGCGCUCCAGCGGGAGUACCAUGCUAGAGGGAGGGAGGCUGGACUUCGAGGUGGCAGACUUCUUCCUCUUUGGUUCACCUCUGGGGCUGGUGCUGGCACUGAGGAAGACUGUGGUGCCGUCCAUAGAUGUCUCAUCAUUGCGUCCGGCCUGUCAGCAGCUAUAUAACCUGUUUCAUCCAGCGGACCCCUCUGCCUCCCGCCUGGAGCCCCUCCUAGAGAAGAGGUUUCACCAGCUGCCCCCCUUCUGUGUCCCCCGAUACCAACGCUUCCCUCUGGGGGACGGACACUCUGCUCUGCUGGUGGAGACUAUGCAGAGUAACCCCCAUCUCCUGUUGGAGUCAGUACCCCUGCGUUGCCAGGAGGGGGGCGUCAGUGAGACCUCCAUCCCCGUCCCUGUACGCAGCUGGCCCCAGCAGGCAUCACAGCUCAACGACACGGACAUGCUUGUGGACACCCAGUACCCGUCCUCCCCGCUGACUGGACCCCCCCACUCCAGGGGCCCCCGUAGGUCCAGUGAGGCCAGCAUCGCUAGCCAGGUGUCAGGCUUGGCCGACUCAUACACCGCCUCCAACAUCACCAACACUACUAAAUGCUAUAGCAGUUCAUCUAAGAAGCUGGGUCUCCUCUCCCAGCUUGCGCUUUCUAAACUCCCCUCGAGGAGCCCCUCUCCACGAGCCAGGAAGAAGAUACGACCCUUCCUCACUCUCAGACACACCGACUCAGAGCAGGGUGACGAUGAUGUCACCUCUGACAUCACUUCCUCUGAUGUCUCCUCAGACCUGCCCUCUGACUUCACUGAUGUCACCUCUGACAUCACCGAUACGAACUCUGACCCUCCGUCGCCAGAUAUGCUGAUGGACAUAGAGCAAGUUGCGUCUCGGUGGUGGGGCAGCAAGCGGAUGGACUUUGCCCUGUACUGUCCUGAUGCCCUCACAGCCUUCCCCACUGUAGCUCUGCCUCACCUCUUCCAUGCUUCAUACUGGGAGUCCACUGACGUUGUCUCCUUCCUACUCAGACAGGUGAUGAGGCAUGAGAACUCUAGUAUUCUGGAGCUGGAUGGUAAAGAGGUGACCGAGUUCAAGCCUUCUAAACCCAGAGAGAAAUGGCUGCGCAAGAGGACACACGUCAAGAUCAGGAACGUUACGGCCAACCACCGUGUGAAUGAUGCUGUGUUUACUGAGGAUGGAACACAGCUGGUGAUGGGACGCUUCAUGUACGGACCUCUGGACAUGGUCACUCUCACUGGGGAGAAGAUUGACAUCCACAUCAUGACCCAGCCCCCCUCAGGAGAGUGGAUGUACUUUGACACCGAGCUGACCAAUAGCAGCGGACGCAUCUCCUAUGUCAUCCCAGAGAGCAAGAGGCUGGGCAUUGGAGUUUAUCCUGUCAAACUGGUUGUCAGGGGUGACCAUACAUUUGCGGACAGCUACCUGACGGUGUUGCCGCGGGGAACAGAGUUUGUAGUGUUCAGUAUUGACGGCUCGUUUGCUGCCAGUGUGUCCAUCAUGGGAAGUGACCCCAAGGUCAGAGCUGGAGCUGUAGAUGUGGUCAGACACUGGCAGGACCUGGGCUAUCUGAUAGUGUAUGUGACAGGUCGUCCAGACAUGCAGAAGCAGCGUGUGGUGGCCUGGCUGUCUCAACAUAACUUCCCUCAUGGCAUCGUGUCCUUCUGUGACGGCCUGGUCCACGACCCCCUCAGACACAAGGCCAACUUCCUCAAGGCCCUCAUCUGUGAGACCCAUAUGAAGAUCUUUGCUGCUUACGGCUCUACUAAGGACAUUUCAGUGUACUCCUCAAUAGGCCUGCCCCCGUCACACAUCUACAUAGUGGGGCGGCCCACCAAGAAGAUGUCCAGCCAGUGUCAGUUCAUCCCAGAUGGCUAUGCGUCUCAUCUCUCCCAGCUGGAGUACAGUCAGAGGUCUCGUCCUGCCAAGACCGCCAGUGCCCGUAUCGUCCUCCGUAAGGGCAGCUUUGGACUGGGCGCAGCCGGGGGGGACUACCUCCGCAAGCGCAACCACAUCCUGCGCUCAAUCAACCCAACUGGGGGGGGGGUUUCUAGCUCCUCUGGCCAACCAGGACGUACGGAACGCACGCUGAGCCAAUGCGAGGUGGAGAGGGAGAAAGCAGCGGGGACCCAGAGGAGUAUGAGUAUAGCAGCUGGGUGUUGGGGUCGCACCGGGAGCACCAAGGAGGAGUCAGGAGGGUUACUCAGCCCUAAGUAGGGCUCACCAGACUGGGCUACAGGGGGAGGGGACCCUGCCUGACUGGACAUGAGCACCAUCUCUGGACUGGCCCUGAGAGAGAGAUGGAGAGAGGAGGAAAUAUGGUGAGAGAGAGAGAAAAAGAAAAUUAUGUGAUGAAAGAGGGGAGGAAUAGGGUUAACAGAGGGAUGGAAGAGAGGGUCUCUGGGGAAGUGGAUAUAAAGCCAGAAAGAUGGGUGUUGCUCUAACUUUUAUGUACAUUUUCUAAAGACGUUUCUACCUUAUCAUGAGAGUCUCACAGUCAAGACUUUUAUAUUACCUAUCUUGGCCACGAAAAGAACUGUAAGGAAAAACGAAACAUUUAAACAAACUAUCGUAAGCCUUAAUCGUUGCCCCCUUGGGGCCUGGAAGGCCCACCCUGGUCCGAGGAAUGGUUGAAUUUACUCUCUGCAUCUAAAGGACAAUGGGAAUUCACAACCACCCCAGCUCAGGACAGGCCCAGACAGUGGAGCCACCAAAAGAAGUGUCAAUGGUGACCUGGAGGUCAGGGUGGUCAGUUUGUAGCCAUGGCAACAAGCCAACAACUUCACCUCUGAUUUGAUCCCUUUAUCUUCACUGAGAUACUGUCAACAAAGAAGCACCAUUUCCCUGAAGAAAGAUUGAGGGAAGAGGAGAAGAAAGAGGGAGAAGGAUACAUGGAAAGAGGGUAGAUACAGAGAGAGAUGCAAGGCAAAAGGGAGGGAGGGGCAAGGUUAUGGAUGAGGUGUAGAAUUUCCCUCUCGUCUCUAUUUUUCUCUACUGUUUCCAGUGUGGUACUACACAGUGAUUUGUACUGUCAACGUUGGCUCCACUCCAGUCCUUUUAAGUCAAUAACAGAGUAGCUGCAGUACCAGUACCAUGUAUCUCAGUUUGACCUGUGGGCUGUCCCAGGCCUUAAACACCAACGACAUGUUUAUGAGUCAGACUCUGAAGGAACCCAGGACUGAGCUUAACAAGGAUUGGCUUUGAUAUAACAGAAGACAUUAGUGACACAUUUCCUCAGACAGAUAACAGCAACAAUCCCUUUACCAGACCAUUUGCUUGCAAUACCUUUGAGCCACCAGUGGUGGGCACUCUCCCACUCUGUUUUCCAUAAGCAUGAUGCUGUUGGUAGUCAUCAGUCCAUCAUGCGGCGCCCCCUAGCGCUCAACGUUUGUCAUUACACACAAUUCAGUGACCACUGGACUUGACUAUGAUACUCUGAGGAGUCUGAGCUCUUUCAUUCUUGAGGGAUGGGAUGAAUGCUAUUCAUUAGACAUUACUACAUUUCAGUCUGGAUAAAGACAUGCUUUGAUUACACUUUAUUUUAUAGUUCCCCUAUCCUGUUUUAGUUUACCUGGUAGUAAUACCUCAUGAUAGACGCCUGCUGAUACCAAGUUGUUUCCAACUGUGAUUAAUUAUCUGAAGUACCAGAGAAUAUACAAUGUUAUUCCUUAGCAAAUACCAGCUGUCAUAGGACUAUAGAAUAAUGUGUUACUGAUACUUUGACUAAAUCUAUGGCAACCUGGACACAAAAUGAAAGAUGAACACCUAACAGAGAAGCAGUAGUAGGGUUGCACCCUUUUCUAUCAUACUGCCCUGUUGUCUGGCUCCUACUGGUUAGAUAUUGACAUUGAUAUGAGAGAGUGUUCCUUUAUCCUACACUUCAAAUAUAUAGUCCCAUUACUAAUCACACAAAGCCAACGCAGGGCCAAAACAGCAAUCUCUCUCUUAACGGCUGCAGUAUCUCAACCUGUUCAACCUUGUUGUUCUUAGCACUAGUUUAUGGCGGAGAAUCUAGUUACCAUCUCAUGUAGCUACAUAUUGUUACCUUUGUAGUGCAUGAUAUAAUACCUAUUCAUUAUUGCAGGGUUUGUGUGCUACAGUACUUACACUCGUGUACAUUUUUUAAAUGUCAGGAUUACUUAAUAAUGUAAGUAAAUGUGCCAAGAACAAGACAGUUGUUGGUUAGGUGUGGAAAGAUAAUGUACCAGGCUGUAUCCAACCUUUCCUUUGUGCUGUGUAUGGUGAAAUGAGUUGGAGCUUGUUGCAUUGAGAUCAUGGCGGCAUGGCUUUAACUAAAAGGCUGUGCUGUUAUAUACUGUAUUUUACAGAUGUAAAUCAGAUUAGAUCUAUGAAUUUGUAGAUAUGUUUUAAUCCAACAUAUUGUCCAUAUCUAAGUAAAGGACAUAAUUGCUGAUAUAGGAUGUGGUUAUGGAUUCACUUAUGACUUGAGCGCUUGUAAGCUCCAGCAUGUUGCUUUGAUUCUAGGGACACUAUUGUCAUCUACAGUAGGGUGGCAGGUAGCCAAGCUGUUAGAGUAUUGGACCAGUAACUGAAAGUUUGCUGGUUUUAAUAACCCUGGCUGACAGAGUGAAAAAAAUCCCUUAUAAAACAACUAAUUUGACCAAUGUGGUGGGAUGUAGGGAUACCUAGUCAGUUGUCCAACUGAACAUAGCUUCCACAUUAUCCCAACUCCUCUGAAUCAGAGAGGUGCGAAAGGCUGCCAUAAUUGACAUCCAUGUCUUCAGCACCCGGGGAACAGUGGGUUAACUACCUUGCUCAGGGGCACAAAGACAGAUUCUUACCUUGUCCGCUCAGGGAUUCAAUCCAGCAUCCUUUUGUUUACUGGCCCAACACUCUAAUCACUAAACUACCUGCCUCCCUUUGUAUGUGGCAAUAAAACACCCUUGUAUUGUCAACCUAAAUGGAAGGUUUGAUUUAUUGCUAUCUGUUAUACAACGGGUGGGUCUAAUACUGAAUGCUGAUUGGUUUAGGUGAGGAUUGUUCAUGUGAUUAAAGCAAUAGUUUUUGUCAGACAUUGAUCAGACCAAAAAAAUAAUAAUCUAGUAUAAUGUCAAGUCCAUUUGUUGUGUAUGGUAGUUCUAGUUACCUAAGGCCACUUUUGAGGUCUUUAAAAAAAAAAAACGGUUGGAAUUUGGUUCUGCAGUGAACUACGAUUUUAACUAAGGAUGUAGACUAGAGCUGUAGCUGAUUGGCUGGAAGGCACUGUGAGGUUUUAGAUACAGCCAUACUGUCCCCCUCUGGCCUGUGGGUUGGUGAUGAUGAGCUCGUGGAAUGUCCUCCUGCUACAGAGCUGGAGAGCCCAGCCUGUACAGGAUCCAUGGAUGUCUGUCAGUCAGUGUAGAUAAGGUGAUACUGUAUAUGUAGGAAUAUAAUGGUUGAGAGGUAUUUAUUUACAUAACUCAUGUGGUUACUUAAUAUGAUGGAUCUUUCAGGUGAAUAGCGCUUUGUUUAUGAUGAUGAUCUAGUUGUGAAUAGGAGGACCAACAGUCAGUGGAAGGUGUUUGUUUUCUUAGCCAGUGCAAUAUUAUUAUUGUUCCAGUCGCAGAACCACAAGCAGACACAGACAGUCAGAGACCACAGCAGAGACAAUCUAUAUAUUGUAUCUAACAUGCACGAGCAUAGACAACAUAGACAACAUCUCGUUCUACUGUCCCGCCCCUUCACACUUCUACUGUCCCUUUACAAAGGUUAACUGUUACGAUUUUAUAGUGCAAACAAAACUAUUUUUCAAACCGGACCAUUUUACAAAGUCUUUGACAGAAUACUGUAUUGCUUCCUAUCGUGUGUGAAGGUAGAUUUUUUUAGUCAGAAUGAAGAAGUGGUUGAAUGUGAACAUGUGAACGUGAAACUCCAUCCGCUAUUUGAAUUGUAUUAGGUGGUGUUCAUCAUUCAGACUGAGUUAGCCUUCAAUACUGUAUACAGUAUGUAUAUAUCAGUUAUGUUAACCACUUAACCGUACAGUAUGUCUUGAAAUAGAAAUGUAUGUCAGAAAAAACGUUUAUAUUUGAGAAUAUUACAAUUAUUGCCACUUUAGUAGCAGUCUUGCAUGUACUCCUAUUAGAGGUCAGUGUACACAAUGUACAGGACAUGUUCUACUGUAUGGGGCUGAAAUCUUAUUAAUAGUUCUACACCGUGUAGAGUUACAGGUACAAGGAGAACUAUAUAACAAUGUGUUCCGUCUGUUCUGUACUAGCAUUCCACUCCUUGUCAUGACAACAUUUUUUUAUGGUUGGCAUGGCAAGGAGUAAUGUAAACCUUUUUUGGGGGGAGGGGGGUCAGUUAAUGCUUUUUACUAAGGAGUGUAAUAUUAGCACAAACAGACUGCAUUUCAGGCUAACAAUGUGUACUUACACUGUACCUGCUUAUGUAGCUACCAAUUAAAUACAUAGAUUUCUGAAUACUUAAUAUGCUGUAAAGUGGGACCAAUAUAUUUAGCUACAAUACAGUACAUACAUCAAAUGUAUGUAAUUUACUCAAAUAUUAAUAAUAUAAAAUGUACACAAGCUUAACAUGAUUAUAUCCAUUAACAGAUUGGGAAUGUUUUGUACAGUAUUAGUACAAUACAGUAAUGGCAUAUACUAUCACUCUAAAUAUAUAGCUAUAUAGGGGUAACAUAUACUGUUUGAGGUGGCAAUAAUUUAAUUAUAUUUUGAUUAUAUGCAGUUUAUUGGACAUAAAUGUAGAAUAGUAGUCAUAUAAUGCAUAUUUGAAUUUGAAGGCAUGUACAUAAAUGAAAUAGUGUUCUGUACCUCUUACAAUCUCAUCCAUUUCCCUUUGUAGCAGGUCUGAAUUUCAAAUGGUUUCAGAUAGUUUUUAUAUUUGACAGUUUAUCAUGGUUUUCUUUUACAGAAAAACAAAACAUCAUCAUCAGCAUUAUUAGGCAAGGCCGUAAGACGUAUACUUAUGUACUUGAAGUGACACAUAUUUGAAACACCUCCAACAGCAGAUCUGUAUGCAGAUCCCUCACUGUUCGCUCUCUCUCUCCUCUGGUUCAUAGCUCACUUUGAACCUUCGAGGGUGAGAGCUCGCUGUAUCAUUGUCUCUGUACUGUGGAAUAAAUACAAUUGG